AUGACUAUUCCCAGGAACAAAAACUACCCUUUUCACAAUCCCGCUGCUGCUACCGCAACCGCUCGCGUCCUCCGGUUCCAGCGCAACCAGUUCAAUCAAUGGAACCUCGUACCUGUCUACGUCCCACGGCCCAGACCCAGACCAAGAAACAGGAGCAGGACCAAUCGCAGAAAACCUGUUGAGUACAUGUCUCUUGGCGAGAAGGUGAUAUGUACAGUACAUACAUACAUUUGGAUGGAUCUGACUUUGUCCCAGCAAGUAGAGUUACGUCGGCAGAAGCUCGUGCUGCAGAGAGAGCGCGCCAUGAUCGUCCAUCGGGAGAAGAAGAUUGCUGUGCUGGAGCAGGCGAUUGCUGAGGAGGAGAAUGAGCUGUUGCGGAACGAGCAGUGGCCCGGCAUGUUCACUUUCAGAAAGGACGACAGAUGGCCGGCCAGGGAGAUGAAAGAAGAAAAGGAAGAAAAAGAGAAAGAAAAGGAAAAUGUGGAAGAGACGAAGAAGAACUAUUACUACGACUACUACUACUACGACCAAGAUAACUACGAUGAUUCGUGGCCGGAGUAG